CAAUAUCUUUAACUUGAAUUUAAACAGUGUGUUCACAAUAUUGACUUGAAUACCUUUGUAUGCUUCGAGAAAUACAUGAAGAUUUUAUGAACUUCUUUCAACGUAACUGAUAUGUUUUGAUGAAUUCGGAUAUUUACAUGACAAACAGAGAUUGUUCAGUGUUAGACGUUUAAACAUUCAUAAUUUUUGUUGUAUUUUACACUUCUAAAAGUUGUUUGGACUUUUUUCCAGGUCACCGGAAGCAAGCUGUAGCGACAGAGGAAGAUUAUUGAGAACUAAUUCGUAAAGACUGAACCAGAGAUUGGACAUAUGUAGCCUGGAACUUUUAUCACAUCAUCUAGAUCUGGGACAUUAUCUGGUAAAUUAAGGAAAAUUACAAAACUGACAUUUUCACACCUGAAUGAUAAGAGGCAACUGUGAAGUGAACUAAACUCAUUUAAAGGAUAACUAUGCUGUAACUUCAAUAACAUUUGAGGAACCACUUGUGAAAUUUACUGGUCAUACUAAACACCACUGCAUGAGACCAGACAGACACCCCUCAAGUGCCUCGCCAGAGUACUUGAUCUGAUUAAAUCUCCUGUGACAAAUGCUGCCAUGAUAAGAUCACAAGAUGAUAAAGAUAUUGUGGCUGAGUAUUUUCCUGAUUUUGCAGACAGUUAAAGGAUUUUUCACUUAUCCUGGAGUUGUUCUUCCAAACGACCCAUACGUGUUCAUCGGCCAUGAGCUCAGAUUGUAUUGUAACAUCACAGAAGCUGUACCAGAAAAUUCCUCAUCACUUUAUUUCACCAAAAGUAACAACGUUAUUCACAGCAACUACAUAAAAAAACUAAGUAGUCGUAGUAUCCAACUGAUUCUGCCGAUUAUUGCUCCCAGUGACAAAGGAAAUUAUGUGUGCAAGCUAAAGAAAACUAGAGGCAAUGUUCAAGUGGUUGGGAACCAGAUUGUUAGAGUAGAAUAUGAACCAAACCAAAUAAAGGAUAUAACAUGUACAGUGUACAACUGGGAGAGUAUGACAUGUUCCUGGAAUCUAGGGGUCAAUUAUGUCCAUCUAAACCAUAUUGAUGUCCAGUUAGUAUGGACAGUAAAAGGUGAGCAGCAGUAUGAUUGCCCCCAUAAGACAUUGAACUCGUGUACUUGGAAACCAAAUGAUGGUUUGGAUAGUUUUCGACCAGAUAUGCUGUAUUACAUGGUUAUAAUUGUCAGAAAUAAUAAAACAGGAAAUGAAACCAAGUCCAAAGUAUUCCAGGAACAGACAAGUAAAAUAGUAAAACCCAGUAGUGUUUCUGACUUAAAAGCCUCCCAAAACAGCACAUGCCUUCACUUAGAAUGGAAUCACAGCAGGACAGAAGACAAAAUUUAUAGGAUACAGUACCAGUCUAGAUGGGAAAGUUCGUGGAAGGUUUUGAAUUUAGGUGACAUUAAUAGGACGACCAUCUGCAACUUAGUUCCUAACACAGAGUAUACUGUAAAGAUAGCAUGUAAACCAUUUUGGGAUGGAUACUGGAGUGAUGAAGUAGAAACUACAAUUAAAUUGGAUGAUGAUGUGCCAGGAGCUGCGCCAGAAGUACAGCCUGGAGGUUUUGUAGAGAAACCAUGUAGUUUCCAGGAUUGUCGUGUCAUCUCUGUCUACUGGAGGCCCAUUAUGGAGAGACUAACAAAUGGAGAGAUAUCCAAUUACAAGAUUACAUCACAGGAUGUUGACGGACAAAAAUCUCCUGAGGAAAUAUAUACUGGUACCAAGACAUCAGGACAACUGAUGUUGAUGUCGGGAACAGACUAUCUUGUUGAUAUCCAAGGAGAGACGAAGAAAGGAUUAUCACCACACAGAGCCAGCAUUCUUAUUCUUGGAAAAGAUAGAAAACCACCAUACCCAGAUCAUUUUCUAGUUGAGGCAGAGCAGGCGGCCACAUAUACCAAUAAUCUUUUUCGUUUACAUAUAAAAUGGCGCCAACCAAAGACAGCACAACGAAUACUUGGUUAUACACUGUUUUGGUGUAAAGGUUCUAAUAGUGAUUACACUUGUCUGGAACCUAUUAAGUGGGCUGUUUUGAAAGGAAACCAGAGAAAAUAUACAAGAACUGUCAAUAAAGAUGAAAUGCGUAGUUUAAUAUUUGGUAUCUCCAUGGAAACUGUUCAUCCUACAGGAGAAACUGUCAGCAGUGGUAUUUUGUGGAAUGAAUGUAUUUUUAUGCAAAAUGAAAGACCUCCAUUGGCUCCCAAGAAUGUACGAGUAUUAUCAUUGGUAGAGGAAAACAAUGUUCAAGUAGAAUGGGAUAAAUUUAGAUGUACAGAAAUGACUGGAUAUAUAACAAAGUUUACUGUGUUUUAUUGUGAGUCAGUGACUGGUCUAAAUUGUAGUGGAACAUACCAAUUCGUAAAUGUAAAUGGACAUGAUACCAGUGUAGUUCUUAAAGACAUGUCACCUAAAGCUACAUAUAGAGUUUGGGUUCAGGCUAAGACUAGCGGUGGCUUGGGUCCAGAAUCUGAUCCAGUCUACACAACAAUUCCAGUUACUGGUAUCUCCUUGACAACAGAUGAAAUAGCCGGCAUUGCCAUAUCUAUUCUGCUUGUUGUUAUUUUAGCUUUGAUUGGAUUCAUAUGUGUUUUCAGAAGAUGUAAGAGUGCACACAAACCAUAUGACAUCAUUUUACCCAACGUAAUUUUUAGAUGUUAUAAAAAAGAAGCGAAAGAUCCUCAAAAUGAAGCAGACGAUUUACUCAGUUUACAAAGGGUUCCAUUGCCUCAUAUUCCAAUGAUAAGACCUAGUUCUAAGACAUCUCAGUCACCUGACUCAGACGAUGAAAUCUAUUCAAAGAUUCCUGAUCUGCCACCGUCACCACCAUCACCAACGUCUCCAGAGUCUAUGUCCAUUGAUAUGCCACUCAUACAAAGCAGUAUGGGCUCUCAAAAGGGUUUAUACGGGAAAGGAGGAAAGAAUUAUGUCCGACUUCCAGAGGGCAGUAGAAGUAGUAUGAUCUCUGUAAACUCACUGUUUUCACGUCUACAGUUCGCUAGAAAUAGUAUGGAUUCAAGAGAAUCUCAUUACCAUGACAACAAAAAUCUUAGUACAUUUAGACCUCGACCACAAAGAAGUUCGGGUGUUUCAGGUAGUGCCGAUGUUUUAUCUUGUGUUGUGUCGCCAUAUAGUUGUGUUGAUAUAGUGAAAUGUCCAAACUCGGAAAAAAUUCCACGUAAACAUCUGCCAUUUAACAAACCAUGUCAUAGCGUAGGCAGCAUGGUGGACGACCCCACCUAUGAUGAGACGAACAAUCUAUCCAUAUUAUCUAAUAAGGUAGUGACUCAACCUCCCUCUGCUAUUGCUACAGGAGAUUCUAGGGAGCAUUUUAAUAUCAAAUUACCUCUUGAUCGGAGAAAGUAUGAUUUUAAUGAGGAUACAUUGAAAAGUUGUACUUCCAAUGAGAUUAAUUCAGCUUUGGAGGAUGAACAAACAAAGGAUUCAAAUGCAUCACAUGAACUUGAUGAAGAAAAAAUUACAUCGUAUGUUCAAGAUGCAGGACAAUUUGUUGAAGCCGACAAUGCUGUUUUUGUCUCUGCUGGUAGUGACGGUUACGUGCAUGAACCAUGCCAAAAAUGUUCAAACAAUAAUGACAUCAAAAUGAUAAACGGGUACAUCCCGACAGAAAAUAUCACACAACUUCUUCCUAAUCCGAACAUUGUUGUAGAUAAAGAAGAAGCUACGUAUAAAAAAGAACUAAAUAUUAAACCUGGUCCUAGGCCAGUCAGUGAAGUCAUCAAUGUACCUGCUCACUUUUACGGUUCAUUGUCGUUGUUAGAUGCAGGAACAGCGACAGAGCUUUAAUGUUGUAUACUGCUACAGACUUAAAAGAUAUUUCCGUUUCGUUGUUUAAUGUUUAGUUGAAAGUGCUAUAUGAAAAACUCUACUUGUACAAAAAUUGUAAAAGGUUUUUUUUACAGUAAAAAAUAUUUUGAUAACUUCCAUAUAUGAUGUGGAUACAGUUAUGUAUGUUAUAAAACAAAAUACUUCUGUGUUAAAUAUUAAGUUUUAAUAAUUUGUGUAUAUUAUUUGUUUUUAUUGACCUUAAAGUAUUAAAAAUUUUCAAUAAAAAAGAUAUGUUUUACUUUUAAAUCAAAAUUUGUAAAAAAAAAAAUAUUUGUUGAAAUAUAUUUUUAGUUUUACUUAUUAUCUCAUUUGUAUAAAUGCUACAAUUUUUGUUAGUAAGUCAAAGUAAUUCUCUGUUAUAUAGAAUUGCAGAUAAUGUUAUUUUCUUUCUAAAUAAGGAGUGUUAUUUUAUAUCACAUCUGUUUUAUAUACUGACUCUGUAAAUUCAGAGUUUGACCUGUCUGCUUAUUAGUGUCAACGUUUAACAGAAAAAACAUUGACCUAUUGACCUUCCUGCUAUUUUUUCUCCAUAACUGAAUAUCACAGACUUUCUUGUACAAUUUCACAAGAGAAAAUUUUAAAUGUCAGGUCAAAAGGUCAAGUGUAAAAAAAAUUUAAAUAGCAAUAACUCUUAUAAUCAGAGGUUAAUAAAUACAAUAACUUUGCUAACUGUAGUACAAUAGUAUAUACAAAAAUUAUAAUAUAAAUUGAGGCUGUUUUGGUAAUUUUAAUACAUGGGCAGGUCUCCACGCAUAUUUUUGGCGUUAAUCAAAAUAUUUCAUUAUUUCUGAAUUUAUGGUAAAGGAAUCUUUAAAUUUUCAUAUGAAUAAAAUUGGAAUUCAAUUAAGUCAAUAUUCACAUAUAAAUGAAGGUGAUACAUAAUAUUUGUUCUAUCAUAACACACAUUGUCAUUGUACCGAAGUAAAGUAAGCAAUAGUCUAUUUGCCUAUUACCAAUUUUAUUCUGUUAUUACAAUGCUUCAAACAGGGUUAUGUCCCUUUGCCAAUUUCAUAAUGGUUUUUUACUGGACAGAAUGGUUUACCCAUGCAAACACAUGCUAAGUUAAAUGUAAUAAAAUAGCUGUUUAAAAAAAAGUAAUUAAAAAAAUUUAUUACCGAUAUCAAAAGUUUUAGGCUUAAUAAAAGACUAAAUGUUAUAGAUUUGGAAAAGUUAAAGUCUUUAUGCUUGCUCUGCAUUGGCAAUGGAAAUUUAUUUCCCUCCUAUGGGUCAAUACGGGUAAAUUGCAGAUUUGGCAAAUAGACUAUUCCCUAUUGGUAAAGUGAUAAUUCCUUGAACAAUUAAAAUUUUCAAUCACCUUCCUGGAUGCUAAGCAAGUGUUAAUGGACCAGCCCUUUAAAUAAGAAAAAAAUAACGAAAACAUGUAUUAAUUCUUUUUAAUUGUAAAUUAGAUAGAAAUCAGAAAAUCCAUUCAUACCAUAGAUUUAUAAAUCCAUUACAAUUUAAUAGUGUAAUAAGGCAUAAAGGAGGAUUUUCUGAUUUGCUUUAUGUAUGUUUAGAUGUUCUUGGUUGUGAUAUCUACAAAGACAUUCCUAAUAGGACCAUUGUUUAUAUGCUUCAUGAAAAACAAAUUAUGCUGAAGUGCUGAUGAAUAUUUUUUAUUAGUGUUUAUUGUCAGCUUUAAAAUGCUUAUUAAUUAUCCUCAAUGUUUAAAUGUCACAGAAAUUAGUUUUUUGAAUAUUGAUUUUUUAAAGAAACUUAGAAGUAUACACAUAUUGUAAGAAUUGUGUUCUAUAAAUUUUUUUUUUUCUGAAGAUCUGAAGAGUAUUUUUGUGUAUUGAACAUUUAUUUUCAUAAUGUUUAAUUUUGAUGCGCAUCUUAUAUUUACUUUCUAUUAUCUCCUUGUUAAAUAAGGAUUGAUAACCACACCAACUUUGUUUCCAUUUGCAAUAUAAAUGAUAGUAUAAACUCAGCCAGAUAGUAAAUUGCCAAAUUCACUAGUUACUCGUAAAGAACUGUUGGUUUACCUCUAGACACUCUUGCGAAUUUUUUCAAAAAUAAAACUUCAUGCAAUAAUUUUUUUAAAUAUAAAAAGAUAUAUCGUUUCGGUGAGCUAACAGAAUAUCUUGUGUUUGUUUAGAUCUCAAUGUACUUUAUAUCUAUCUCCAUAAAUUUUUCAUAAAAUUUUACUAUUAUGAUUGUGAAAUUCUAAAUUGCCCAAAGUUUAAUGGAAAAAUGUCUGUACUAGACUUUGUGCAGUAUUGAAGGUUCUAUAGGAAUUUUUACCUCUACCUCAUAUGUUCUUAUGAUUUGGUAAUUUGAAGAAUUUUUCAGACCAUUAUUUUAAUUGGUCAAAUAUAUCAGUAUUAAAAGCCAGGUCAAGUUCUUAUGAAUCCAAUAUAUACCUUUGUAUGGGAAAAGUUGAAAAUCUCAAUUUGACACUUCCAUUUACCAUCAUGCAAAUUUUCCCAUUCUUCAAAGUAGAAUACGACGACAUUUACAAGUCUGAUUGUGCUAUUUUGUUUUAACUGAAAAAGAAUUCUUCUUAGAGGAAAAACGAAAUAUAUAUCAAUAUCAUAAAUAAUUUUUUUACUGCCACAUAUUUUUGUUUAAUUUUAAUUUGACCACCAAGCACUGGGCAUUAGAUGACAGUUAUUGACAUUAUGAUGAAAUUUUCAGUGUAAUGUGCUUCAGGGGCUAGGACAGGAAAAAAGUGCUUGUACAUGUUGUGACCAGCACAUGUAAAUGUGUGAUAUUGUACCACUAUGGUUGUGACAUAUGUGCAUGGAUAUAUUUAUGUAACAUAUGUAAAAUUAUAUAUUUAUUGUCUUAUUGUAUUUUAAGGUUGUGAUUUUUCAUAUACAUAAUCAAAUUGUUGUUUUCAUUGGCUUCAUAUUAUGAAUAUUCUUAUAAUGGUAUGAUAUGUUUACACACAUUAAAACAUUUAUAUUUUUGAUUUUUCCAUUAAGUUAAAUUAUGUAAAUGGAUUUUUUAAAGGCUUUACCAAAGUAUGAUCUUUUACAGGAGUUUUACCUUUUGCUUUCAUACAUUAGUUAUAUAUUUUUUUCAUUUGAAAGAAUAAGGUAAUAAAUUAAAUCCAAAAUGUUCUUUAAUGAACAUUAUUUUGAUUUUUCAGCUGUCCUGUUAGACUCCUGUUUUCGAAAUUAAUGCUAAAAUUAUCAAAGAGUUGAUAAAAUCAAUUAAGGUAUUUGGGGAUGAUGCAUAAAUUGAACUUUAAUAUAUAAAACAAAGAAUUAAGCAACCAAAAAGUAUGUUCAGCUAGUUAUUUUCUACUCCACUUUAAUUGUUAAACAAGAGAAGAUCUGUUUUCAUAUUUUUGCAACUUUAUCUUUUCAAUGUUUGCUAAAUUGAAAUGGAAUUAGAUCUGAAAAAAAUUCAUUUCAAUUCGAAUUUCAUUGUCAUAAUAUACCGCUAUGAGAUUGAAUAUUUUUAUUACAUUAAUUGAGUUUUAGACAUUGUUUGUAUGUUAAUUGCUUUUUCUUUGUUGAAACAGCAAAUAAAAUCAUAAAACUGA